AUAGAAGAUAGUCUCCUCGCAUCGGAUCAUUCAAUGGCGGUUUCUCUGCAAUUCUGCCGUUUUUCAACCCGUACGAACAUCUCCUUUCCGGAGAACCGAUCCGGUGUUCUUAGUGGUUUCAAAUCUCGGAAACCUUACACCGUCCGCUGCAGCGACGGUUCUUCGGUCCCGACGGUGGCCGCGGACUCGGAAUUUGAUGCGAAGGUGUUCCGUAAGAACCUUACGAGGAGCAAGAACUACAAUCGCAAAGGCUUUGGCCACAAAGAAGAAACCCUUGAGCUCAUGAAUCGCGAGUAUACCAGUGAUGUGAUAAAGAAGCUAAAGGAGAAUGGCUGUGAAUAUACAUGGGGUAAUGUCACCGUCAAACUCGCUGAAGCAUAUGGGUUUUGCUGGGGUGUCGAAAGGGCUGUCCAGAUUGCUUAUGAAGCUAGGAAACAAUUCCCCGAUGAGAAAAUCUGGAUAACCAAUGAGAUUAUUCACAAUCCAACUGUUAAUAAGCGGUUAGAGGAAAUGCAAGUUCAGGAUAUUCCGCUUGAAGAUGGGAAGAAGCAGUUUGAUGUUGUUGAUAAGGGUGAUGUUGUGAUUUUGCCUGCUUUUGGAGCUGCAGUUGAUGAAAUGUUGGUUUUGAGUGAGAAAAAUGUGCAAAUAGUUGACACAACUUGCCCAUGGGUCUCCAAGGUCUGGAAUACUGUUGAGAAGCAUAAGAGGGGUGAGUACACUUCAAUCAUUCAUGGUAAAUAUUCACAUGAAGAAACUGUUGCGACUGCAUCUUUUGCGGGGAAAUACAUUAUCGUGAAGAACAUGGCAGAGGCAAUGUAUGUAUGUGAUUACAUUCUUGGGGGUCAACUUGAUGGUUCUACCUCAACCAAAGAGGAGUUUUUGGAGAAAUUCAAAUUUGCAGUUUCUGAGGAGUUUGAUCCAGAUACCGAUCUUGUAAAAGUAGGCAUUGCAAACCAAACUACGAUGCUCAAAGGAGAAACAGAAGAAAUAGGAAAAUUGGUUGAGAAGAUUAUGAUGCGGAAGUAUGGAGUAGAAAAUGUCAAUGAGCACUUUAUAAGCUUCAAUACAAUUUGUGAUGCCACUCAGGAGCGACAAGAUGCAAUGUAUAAGUUAGUGGAUGAUGAACUUGAUCUAAUGCUAGUAGUUGGUGGAUGGAACUCAAGCAACACCUCCCACCUACAAGAGAUAGCAGAGGCCCGAGGAAUUCCAUCUUAUUGGAUUGACACUGAGCAGAGAAUAGGACCAGGAAACAGAAUAAGUUACAAAUUGAAUCAUGGAGAGCUGGUUGAGAAAGAAAACUGGCUACCAGAGGGUUCCAUUACAAUUGGUGUCACAUCAGGCGCUUCGACCCCAGACAAGGCUGUUGAGGAUGUUCUUAUCAAGAUCUUUGAUAUCAAACGAGAAGAAGCCUUGCAGUUGGUGUAAUCUCUCAACUGUACAGAAACAUCAAAGAACAGAACUCUGAUCAUUUGUUAGUGCCUAAUUAAUGUAAAUCCCUAG